ACCACCCCCUUCUAAUUCCACCACCAAUGCACCCCCUCAGCACCGCUGCUGCCACCUCCUUCCUUUCCACCCUCUUAUUGUUCCUCCACUUAACGACAUCAUUUUCUAUGAGUAAUCUUUCAAACUUCAACCAAACAUUCUCUUGUGGUGCCCUCACAGACAUCACCGGUGGGCAACGUCCACCCUACUGCGGCCCACCGGAGUUCCGGCUCACAGGUGACGGUGACAAAGUGACCACCCUCAUAGUUAAAUCACUGCCUUACCGAGUCACUCGGGUUGACCAAACCAGCCAAACCUUAAGGCUCUCACGUUUAGACUUCUACGAUGACCUUCCAUGCACCCACCUAUCCAAUAGCACCACUUUUGAUAAUGGUAUCUUCAGUCUUGUCUCCAACAAUGAAACCCUUUCUUUGUUUUAUGGGUGCAAGAACAUAGGUGACUAUGUCGAGGAAAAAUUUAAGUUCUUUUGUGGCAUGCCAGGAGAUUUAGAAGAAGGGUUUUUCAGGGUUGGUGAUCAUCCUUCUGUGGACUGGUGUCGGACUAGUUUUCAAGUGCCAUUUCUCCGGAGUCGGGCACAACAACUUCAGGCUGAAGGGUCAUCAUUACUUGUUGAGGUUUUGAAAGAAGGGUUUGAUGUCAGUUAUAGGAAUCCUUACGGUGCUGAUUGUCAGAAAUGUUACCAGCAUUCUGGUAGGCAAUGUGGGUUUGAUGAUAAGCCUAUUUGCAUCUGUAAUGAUCAGCUCUGUCCUGGAACAGGAGCUUCAAGGUUUUGUAAAGGUCUUAAGAUUGCUAUAGCCAUAUCAACAACUGUGGCAACGAUAAUUGCUUUUUCUAUAAUUGCAAUAGCAAUGACCUUCAAGCUGAAGAAUUUACAGAAUGUUGACAAGUUUGAAAAAAUUUUGAUGGACCAUCAUCGUCUCACCCCAAGUUGUUAUUCAUAUUCAGACAUUAAGAAAAUCACCAACUCAUUCACCAAUAUACUAGGUCAAGGGGGAUUUGGUAAUGUAUACAAAGGAAAGUUAACGGACGGUCGACUUGUGGCUGUAAAAGUCCUAAAAGAUUCCAAAAGUGAUGGAGAAGAGUUCAUGAAUGAAGUUGCAAGCAUUAGCAGAACUUCCCACGUGAAUAUAGUUACACUUUUGGGUUUCUGCUAUGAGAAGACUAAAAGAGCUUUGAUCUAUGAAUUCAUGACCAAGGGAUCUUUAGACAAGUUCAUAUCUUAUGAAGGAACCCCAGAUACAAAUUUUGGUUUAGAAUGGGAACGAUUUUAUGAAAUUGCAGUUGGUAUUGCUAGAGGUCUCGAGUACUUACAUAGAGGUUGUAACACUAGAAUUGUGCAUUUUGACAUAAAGCCUCACAACAUUCUUCUCGAUGAAGAUUUUGUACCAAAGAUCUUUGAUUUUGGUCUGGCAAAGCUAUGCAAGAGUAAAGAGAGUAAGGUUUCAAUGAUAGGUGCAAGAGGGACUGUCGGUUACAUAGCACCUGAAGUGUUCUGCAGAAAUUUUGGAGGGAUAUCUUACAAGUCUGAUGUGUAUAGCUAUGGAAUGAUGGCUCUAGAAAUGGUCGGAAAAGGAAAAGGAUUUUAUACUGGAUCUUCGAAAACCAGUGAAAUGUAUUUCCCUGAUUAGUUUUACAACUAUCUUGAACCGGGAGAGAUUACAUUACUUCAUAGGGGUAUAUCAGAAGAGGAAGAAGAGAUUAUAAAAAAGUUGAUUUUAGUAGGUUUGUGGUGCAUCCAAACCAUUCCAUCAGAUAGACCAUCAAUGACAAAGGUGGUAGAGAUGUUUGAAGGUAGUCUUCACUCUUUGCAAAUUCCACUAAAACCCUUACUUUCUUCACCUAAAAGGUCUGCUCAAGAUCACUCUUCCACUAUAUCAUCACUGCCAAGUGUGUCGUCACAAGGGGGUGGAGUGAACAAAUUGUCUGUUGAUGAAAGUGACUUGUAACUAGAGAUUUCAAUACUUUGUGUAGCCUGAUGAAGAUAUAAAAAACCUUAUUUCAUGUCCUUCAUCUACGAGCUGCUUCUAGGCUGAAUGGUUCUUUGAUAUAGCUCACCGGAGGAUACUCGUACAUGAUUGGUAAGAGACAUUGUCGUCUCUCUCCAUCUCUUUUUUUCACCACUUAUAGUAUGUACUUCAUGUUCAAUCUGCUGAAAGUGUAGAACGUUCUGUUCCUACUUGCCUCUUAUUGUUUAUGAUUUCAAGAGUUGGACAAUAAGUGAGGUUCAGCUUUAUCAUGCCUAUGGUUAAUGUCAUCUGUCCUGCAUUGCAACUUUCUUAGUGGACUUUCAUAUUUUUCUUA